AUGCUCGCCAGUAGGUAUAUGCACGCCGCUGCGUAUCACGCCUCUGCGAAUGAAGCCGAUGAGGACGAGCUGUACGUGUCUACUAUUUCGGCUGAUCGUUGCAGCAGUGACGAUGAGGGAGCGCCGGACCUUAAGGUGGAGGGCAGUCCCAUUCAGCAAGACGGCUCGCCUGAUGUGGGGGAGGUGAGAAGGCUCGCGGAUGUCUCGUACUUCAGUGACUAUGCAGAGCGGGAAGCAGGGCGUGAUGACCAGGCAGCACUGCCAUCUCUAUCGCUGAGUGGCGAUGGGGUCGAUGAAGAAGACAAUGUGUGCAGUCGAAAACUGCUUCCGCACCUCUGUAGAAAUGGAAACGGUCCACAGGCGAUGGCAGACGUCAUGGUGGAAGGAGACGCAGAAGGCUCCUGCGACGUCGAGUACGACUCCACUAUGACAAGGGAUAGAGACGAAUCAUUUCCGACCCCAGUGCUAGAACUGGGCGUUGUUCUUCAUUCAACAAGGAUGAUAGGGUGCGACUCACCCCUGAAGAGUGAGGGAGGGCGCAGGAAGAGCCGGCUGGACCCGCUGCGAUCCCUACCCACACCGUUCUCCAAGGAAUCAGCUGCAGUUCACCUCAAGCAGCCGCAACUGUCGCAGGACGUGUCCUGUUGUCACCAAAAGCUAUCACACUCCCCUCCUCGCACGUCCGAGAGGCGCUUCGAGCGGCAGCCCAACGCACUACCCUAUCGUGGAAGACCUUCUUUGGCCACGGUGCGUGGUAGUGCGGUAGUGCCGCCGUCUCCACCCGCGCCAGAGCUGAACGCUACCGCUUCCUGCAGGGCCGAUCAAGUUCCACGUGGGCGCCGGCGAAUGACCUACGCCUCGUCCUCUCAGGCGUCUACCCUGGACAGUAUCGACGCAGUGCACGUGCUGCCACUCACAGAUAUGCUGAAAAGCAGUAACCCUAAAAGAUGUGGAGGAGGAAAGGGGACACCUACAGCUACGCCGACAACACCCCCGCGCGUGGCUGCGCGCAGCUGUGACGCUCGCGUCUCUCUCUCACCCGAGGACGACAGAGCUGCCGCCAACUCGCCGCCACCACGCCCUCUUGCCAUGCCAGCGAAGACAUCUAUGGCCCCACCGACACGUGAAAACGGCACUCUCAUUCGCGUGAUGCACCCGACCCUCAAUACCACAGAGCUGAUGUGCCCACUGACUCGUGUGGUGCGAGACCGUCCGCCGCGCGGCGCGCCGCUGAUUCUCCAGUGCACGGGUCACAUGCUGACCCCAACGCGGACCAUUCUUGUCGACGACAUAAUGACGGAGGGCGACGAGGGCGAGGAGGAGGGUACCGUGACAGCUGGUCUCUACACCAGCGCGUACACUGAGACAUACGACAGAUCCGACCUCCCCCUCUCUUCUUCCGUCUCAGCAGAUGGGGUACUGCUGCGGAAAGGUGGAGGGGAAGGCGGUAGUGGUAGUCGUGACACCUCGAACCGUUCACCCACGCCGGACCCGGACUUGCACCACGGCCGCACCUGGCAAGCCACUCGCUCUGGAAGCCCACUGGUCUCACUGACGGACGCACAGUUUAUUGGUGGUAAUGCAGCUACAGUGGCCUACCAGCAGCAUCCGGAGCUGCGUCACCACGGCCUCGAUCCCUCGCCUUCUUUGACACCGGCCAAGACAUGGAGAGAGAAAGAGGUGAACGCGGUGCCAGACUUAAUCGACUUCAGCGUGGAAACUGAGGCUAUGGAGGCCAGCUGGCAAGAUGAGUCUCUCGUCCUGUGCGGGUACUCUGUCGAGCCGAUCCGUGUGGGCUGUGACACAAGUGGACCGCCUGAGGUCCGCCCUCAUCACGAAGUACCGCGGUGUCACUCCUUCCCCACGUUCAGCGCGAAUGGCGCUACUGCGCCAGGAGCAGAUUUUCCAAAGGAGAGCAGAGUGCUGUUUUCGGCCUCGCAGGCUGUGGAGCAACUGCAAGCCGGUGCAGAUGGCGUGGAGGAGAGAUGGGCCCGGCUGCCGGUAGCGGCGCCGUGGUUGCCACAUCCCAGACGUCUCGAACGUGACGCAGUUCAGACGGUCGCGCGUGAAUGGUUGCCGCGGACGUACACUCACCCGCCAUCACGCGAGGCAUAUCCUGAUGCUCGCUUUACCGAGGAUCUUCCUCAAACCGCAUUUCCGGAUCCGCACGACGUGCGGCACCUGGUCGAAUCGGUUGAGGAGAUGCCGGGACCUGGCCGCGCCUUUCAUCCUCCAGCGUGGACCUCCAAUGUGCCCAGCGAAGGAGCCGGGGCGCUGGGCGGUUGGGGCUCCGGACUAUCCUUUGGCAAAUCAUGUCAUUUCAGCGAUUCUGGUGAGUUUGCCCAACCCACUCCGUCGUCGCUCAACUCUGCCACUAGGUGUGAGGACCGCAGCCCACUCACAGUGCAACGAGAGCGGAGGAGAAUUCUGCACACGCUACUCGCGCGACAGACGCGCUCUUCAGAGAGCAGUAGGUGUGCUACCGUGUCACACAGGUACGCCGGUGCGCAAGAGAGCAUGCGUUCCGCCCGCCUCAUCGCACCGGCGGCGGACUACGUGGCGACGCAAGAGCAGCUGCGAGAGCAGCGACUUGCAGUGGAGGCAGAGCGAGCGCGACUUGGUCUAGUGAUGGAUAUGUGCGAGGCAGUGCGGCCGCAUGCCCGGGACUUGCUUCUCAUGUUCCUCCUCCUCGUGGAGGAGUCGAACAUCCGAUGUCGGCAUAGGCGACGGGGCCAAGUGCAACGCCGCAGCAAGCCGACAUCGACCCACGACACUGCCUAUAGUUUGCCCCUCAACUCGACGGUGUGGGAGGAGAGUCGAGUUACGUACGGCAUGUGCGCGGAGGCGGUGAACUGCGUGCUGGAGAGACAUGGUGUGACUCGGAUCCGCGCCACCCGAGAGUUGUGCCGCCGUGUGGUUGCCUGGAGUCAGUACCACCGCCACUGCCACAACCUGCCCACUCAGCGGGAGUCACUGCUGGGCUCGCUGCAUGGUACGGCGGAUGACACCUCUGUGGAGUACGCCACCUUUGUUUCCUCUGUGAUGGAGUUUGCGGAGCAGUACCCGGCCUAG